AGAAAUUGAAAGGAAGGCUUGCUGGCUUGCGGCAUGCCCCUCCUUCGCCCGUGAUCCCAUUGAUCAUGAGGAAGGUCUCACCUUUGAGGGAGUAUUUCCAGUCAGGGUAUGAUGCCGGUGAUAUCUUCGAAAAUGAGGAAUAUUCAUUUGAUGAGGAGCUUUGGUGCUGGCGUCAUGAGCACUUGGGAAUUCUGGUUUGGGCAGAUCCCUUAGAUCUCAGAGAUGCGGAUGAUGCAAAAGAACCAGGGGAGGUAUACUUCCAUUACACUUCUUUGCUAGCCUUCCGAAACAUCACCAAUGAGGCCAAAGAGAAGGUCGAAGUUUGGGCCUCUCUGAUCACCUCAGGAGAAAAAGCAAACGCCUGGUGGGGCAAGGGGAUCUACACUGUCCCCAAGCCACCGGAUGAAUGGGCAAGCACCGAAUUGCUCCUGGACAAUAACUACAGGAGUAUGAUGAGACGUGACAGGGAAGCCAGAGGUGAUCAGUAUGUGAAUGAAGAAUACCCGAAACGGGUUCAAUGUUGCAUCCCCAUCGUCGUGCAUCCUGACAAUGCCUUCGAUGUGUCGGUGCGGCAAACUCCUGAGAUGCGCAGGGAGAACAAGCCUCCGGGCACGAACCUGGCGAAUGUCGAGCUGAACCCGCCGGGCGAGACACGCCACAGAACCUGCGUGGUCAUUCGCAACGGAGGCAGGAUUCGUCGACUUCGCAGCAGUUUAAAAGACAAUCACUUGCAUGCGCAAGGUGAUCUUUUGACCCGAGCACUCAGGCGAGCCAGACAAGUUGCCACGAAACAUGGUCUGCAGAAUGAUGAGAGCAUCAGGGCUCUUUUGCGUGUUGCCAUCAUUUACAGCCAGCAAAGCCAACAUGCCAAAGCCAAACAGAUACUAGAGGUCGUGGUGGAGUACAGGAGAAAAAUGCUUGGUGAGCAAGAUCUUUCGACACUUCGGCAGCGCUCCAGGUUGGCGGCAGUCCUCAUGAACUUGGGCAAGUUCAGACAGGCAAGGGAUCUUCAAGUUCGUGUUAUGAGAAGCUUGCCAAGGGAUAGCUCCAAGGUCUCCGAGCAGCAACUGGAAGAGGAAAGACAGCGGUCAUUAAGCCUUCUGGGCUCCAUGUACAAGAUGCAGCACAAGAUGAACGUCGCUGAGCCCUUUUUGAUUGAAGCUUACGUGGGACGGCAACGGGUGCUUGGAGAAACACAUUUCGACACAUUAGAGUCCUUGCAGGAUUUAGCAUUUGUGUCCACGUGCUUGUUGAAACACCGACAAGCGAUUGAAUACUACAAGAAAGCAGGGGAAGAAUGGACAAAGCAGCUUGGAGGAAAUCACCCAGCAAGCAUAUUUUGCGAACUGAUGCUGGCUGAAACUUAUGCACUGCAGUGUGACUUUCAAGAAUCUAUCCGAAAGUACCAAGAUGUUUGGCCAAAGAUUUCCCAGCAGCUUGGUGAAAUGCACCCGAAAAGCGUGGCUGCUUCUGCCGCUCAUGUACUGGUCCUCUGCGAAGACCGACAGUUGACAGCAGCUCUGAAGAUUUGGUGGCGUCGUGUGUGCCUCACAGGGCUGAUGGGGGAGUUGUUGCUCUUGUACAAGAUCACGGUCCACUUCGCCAAGGCUUGUGGUGUUUGGGGUAUCUUCUUCUUGUUAUUCAUCAGCUCCCUCCUGUGCCUUCCCAGUUGGUCUAUUGUGCUGAAGUCCAGUGGCUACCUUGCAAUACCAUGGUCCAUUUCCUUUGUGCCAUUAUGGUUGUUGCAAGUGACCCAUUUGUCAGUUGCAGCUGCUGUUUGCUUUGGCAAAAGGCCACCAAAGAGAGAUUCAGACGAUGUUCGGAACACGCCCAUGCCAGAUCCAGCAGACCUUGACGCAUAUGGCAUCCAGGUGAACUUGGCAUUCCUGGCCUGCGGAGUUCUAGCGGCUCUACGCUUGGAUUUCUAUGUCUUUCCGUGGCCAGUGACAGUAGGACCAUGGGUGCUUCUGGAGUUGGUGGAGCUAGUGCUUGCAUUCCGUCAGGACUACCAGAUCAUCUCCCUGUUCCAAUUGCUUCUCUCUGGAUUGCUACGCAUCUUGAUGGUUCUGUGGACCCCAUGCAGGGCAGAGGGCUAUGUGGAGUGGGGAGCAUGGUACAUCGUGGCCAGCCCCGCCCUUCUCCUGGCUCUGCUGGAGGGUUGUCGUGCAUGUCUCAUUUUGGGGUACGAUGGAAGCAUGAGUCCACUUAGUAUUACCAUUUCCGUUUCGCAUUCUCACACUUUGAGAUGGACGGUCGCGAAGCUGGUUGCAGCUUUGGUUUGCACGACCUUGCUCACGGGGAUUGCCUACAAGCGCGAGGUGGAUGAAGAGAUGAACAUAGUCCUUCUGGCGCUGCCGCUAAUCUUACUGGCGUUGAUGCCAUUGCUCGCGUUGAUCUUUCUUCAAGUCUUUGUUCUACUCAACCGAGUCAAGUUUCGGCUGAAAAAGUCUCGAAGAGGCACAGAUCGGAACGUUGCACUUGACCAAGUCAAGGUGAGCAAAUUGCUUGGUUGAUGUGUUUCCUUCUGCAGAG